AUGGUGGAUCUCACUCAGCCAAUCGUACGCGCACCAGAUGACUACGUGGUAGACCUCGAGAACCCACAACGACGAGGUGAAGUCAUCAUCCUCUGGAUUGGAAUCGUGGGAACGAUCAUCUCGACGUUUCUCUUGGCCGUUCGAGCCUACACCAAAGCUGUGUUAGUCAAGAAAUUGUCGUCUGAUGACUAUUGCCUGCUCCUUGCAUGGGUCUUUGCGAUACCUGUACAGUUACUCAUUAUUUCAUGCAAGCCGUUUGCGAAGAAUAUCGACGUCACCAUCACAGAAGGGCAAUGUUUGAACAAAGCAGCAUUAUACAUCGCUACCGGGGUGCUGAACAUCAUCACGGAUAUCAUGGUCAUCAUCCUACCGAUACCCAUGGUUCUGCGACUACAAAUGUCGAGAGAGCGGAAGAUUAUGGUGAUAGGCAUCUUCAGCGUUGGCUCGAUGUAA